UCUAUUAUAAUUACAUUUUGAAACUAUUUGUACAAUACUGAAAAUAAAAUACAUUUUUUAAAGAUCUUGUGGAAAAUAAAGUCCUGCACGCCUAUGUUUUGUAUUCUACGUCAUUUUUGAAGUGUUCCACUUCGACCAAUCAGAAACCGACAGACAAGCCACAAAAAUAAAUAUGGGUGAUUGUUGAUAGAAAUGAUAGGAAUUAUUGAUAAUGUAGAAAAAUAACGUCAGUUGAAUUGUAAAAAGUUAGAAACACGUUUAGUAAAUUCUACAAAGUGCUUUUGUUAAUAUCUAGUGAUAGUUUAUAUAACAACAAAUAUGGAAUCGUUUGUUACCCUAAUAGUUAAAGCUCCAAAUCAACAAAUUGAAGAUCAGACAAUAAAGUGUGAACCCACUUGGACAAUUCAAAAGUUAAAGCAACAUUUGUCUGAAGUUUAUCCCAGUAAACCCCCAAAACAUGAACAGAAACUUAUAUAUUCUGGCCAACUACUCAAUGAUUCAGUAACCCUCAAAGACAUAUUACGACAGUAUGAAGGACAAGAAACCCACACAGUACACCUUGUGUGUGCAUCUAAAUACAUGAAAAAUGUUCCUGAAACCAAACCAGUAUCUCAAGCUAGUACACCAAAUAAUGUUCAAAACACAACUAGUACAUCAGCUCCAAGUCAACCCACACAAGCUAGUACUUCACGAGAACCAAGUAAUCUGAAUGUGCCUCCCCAGAAUAUGUCAUAUUUCAAUUUAAAUAAUGGAAUGAUUGAUCCCAAUCAGUAUGCUAUGCAAUUGGCUUGGAUGCAACAGGCAUAUUUUCAGUAUAUGGCGCAGUAUAUGCAAUUAGCAGCAAAUUCUUAUGGAGCAACAACUCAAGGAGUACCAAAUAAUGCAGAGACUCCUCCGAACCCCGCUGAACAACCUCCUGCGGCACCCGACGCGGCGGCUGCAGCUAGAGAUCCGGAUAACCCGGAAAGAGAUUGGCUAGAAGUAUUUUACAUGUUGACAAGAGCAACGGUCCUUUUCAUAGUCAUCUACUUCUACUCGAGUCCGAUCAGGUUCCUCUUCGUCUUACUUCUGGGCAUCGGCCUUUACUUGUAUCAAAUAGGAUUUUUCAGAAAUAUGAAUAAUAAUAACAAUAAUAUAAAUGGUCCGCCGGAGCAAGUCCAGGAAGAAGAAGCGGCAGCACCGUCGAGGUUUAUGAUCGUUUGGACCUUUUUUGCAACGUUCUUUGCAUCGCUGAUUCCAGAAAUCCCGAAUGCCAUUUAGUGAUUUUGACCUGGUGAUUUUUUUCAAGAUUUUCUGUGUGUAUUACCGUACUGAUAUUUUUCUUUUGAUAAAUUUCACAGGGUUUAAAGUUUCGUUUCUGUUUUGUACAUAUUAAAAAUCCGGGGUUUGUUGUAAUUGAAUAAAUUGGAUUUGGAACAGAUUGAGUUUACCAUAAUAAUUUGCAUUAUAUUUUUUAUCAGUAAGUGCAAAUGCUGUUAUUUUAAAUAUGCUAGAGUUUAUUUUAAAGAAGAAAAAAAAUGGAUUAACUAAAGGUGAUCAGAAGCUUGAUAUAAAGUCAUAUGCGACUAUGGAAUAUUCUGGACUGUGAAAUACUACUCUACUUACCAAAUUGUUCUGUUCUAUAUUAGAUAUGUACCUGAUGUUAAAAAAAAAACGUUUUGAGUAAAAGGUGAUAAUAGGUUAAUCAUUGUAACUUCACUCCUGAUAUAUGUGCGGUUAAAAACAUUUCUUUAACAGCCGGUUGCAAGAAUGUUCAUUAAAAUUUACAAGUCUAAUAAACUUUGACAAAAUAAUGUGAAUAAUUUGAAGUUCGUGUUAUUCUGUCAAAGUUUAUCCGACUGUUAAUAUUUUAUGUAUUUUUGAACAGGAAUUUGAAUUUUCGUCGUGAUUUCAUGAUAUUAACCUAUUUUGCUUAUAUCAGUCCCUCUAAGUCAACACUUUUAUGUCAAAAUUUAAAUGUGAUGUUUAUCCCCUGCAAUGUAUAGAGAAAAAAUCAUUUUCUAAUUUUUUAAGAUCUGCAAUGGAAAUCAUCAUAAAAUCAAUGUUAUAAUAUGCUUUUGAUCAUUGUAAAUAUUUUAUUAUUAGCUUUAGUAAACAAAAUGUGAUUUAAAUAAUAAAAAUAUGAUAAUUUUAA